GUAAAAAAUAUAAAUACAAAUAAUAAGUUUACCGUACACCUAAGUCAGUAACUGCCGAGAGAGGGACCAGAGCGCGCGUGUCUUGUAUAUCUGACAUAUUGAAUUGUAAUCGUGAAAUAUGUUCUUCGGCAUUUACCUUGUUUUUUGUACGCUGGGCAGCUUGCAGCUUACAAAUGGAGCGUCGACGACAAAAAAUAGCGACUCUGCAAUAGUAUUUCCUGGACCAAUACAAGACAUAAAGAAUCGCUACGGAAACGUAAUACCCGAAAAAUGCAAAGAUUUGAACUUUUGUACUGUGAAGCCUAAUGAUUAUCCUCAAGAUCUCUUUAAUAAAAUUUUCAAAGGAAAAUAUAAGGAGCCAAUAUUCCAACCAACGUAUAUGAUGACAGAUGAUCGCCAAGGAGACCCAGACGAAGUGGAUGACUGUGACACUGUCGUAACGUUCGAGCCGCUUUACAAAGUUAAGUCCUUGGAAGGAGAAUGGCGCACGGUGGUUCAGGCUCCAGAAGAGAAUUAUUUACAGAUGGUGCGCAUUGAAUCAUGCAAAUCAGUUGGAAGUCCCUGUUUCACAUCCUUCAGGGAUCCCUUGGGGCUGAAACCAUUUUGCAAACAAAAGUAUAGCGUGUGGGAAUUCCUCGUCCACGAUGGUAAAAACGGAACAGAAAAAAUCAAAGUGAAUCUGCCCACCUGCUGUGCUUGCCAAUAUAAGAGGUCACUAAUCUAAAGUCGGUUUCACUAAAGUGGGAUGACGAAAUAAGAUAUCUUUGGUCACACAAAAUGUACAAUAAUGAAUUACUUACCAAAUUAUGUGUGAAUUAAUAGUGUACUUUGAAAAUCUAGGUAUAUCUUGCCUCGUUGGUCAAGUAGAUCGCAAUUGGAACGACCAAAGACGAGAUUUGGGGUUAAAUUCCAACAAGUAUUGUCUGAAAAUAUGAAAUUGUGCCUGGGGUAGCAUAGCAUUAAGUUAACACAUUAAACGCCAUA